AUGUCGACAGUCGCAACACAUCCUGUAGCAACGUCAAUCUUCUUCUCAGCCGCAAUGACAUCAUCCUCUCCGCUCUUUCGCUAUCCACCACGCGCCGUCGCCCUCUUUGCACUAGGCUUCGGUAUCUCUGUCAUGAUCGACCACUUUCAGCAGGAACACGACAUUACUCGGUACCCACGAAACGUCAAACAGCUUUUCUCAACAGCCUCUUGGGUGCCAUUGAGCUGCGGAUUCGCUGCAUGUUUGGUGGGAACCCUCUAUCCCAUCCUCGACUACUAUUUUUCUCAUAGAUACAAUAUAGGAUGGUCGAAUGUUUUAAGAUGCUGUGGAGGAUUUAUUGGUGUAAACUAUGCCACAUCGAAACUUCCGUGGACAAGUAGUCAACAGGUCUCGAUUGUCCUGGCGCUCUCAGCAAUAUGGCUAUGGCUGAUGUUUGAUCGAACCUGGCAUGGGUUCGUGCUAUCGCUACUUGUGGCAGUUAUUGGAACCUGGGUUGCUCAGUACUUUGUCUGUAGUGGCAUGUACAGUUUCACAAAGGCAGACUUUUUUGGUGUUCGUUCUUGGUUUCCCUGCAUGUUGUAUUCCGGAUCAGUACUCUUUGGAUCCAUCGGACGACAGCUGACGAUUGUUCCUGAUGAGUAUUUUGGAUGCAAAAAGAAGAAUUGA